AUGAAAGUGCGUCCGGCUCGGUUCUGGCAGGACCGGGUCAUGGUCCGAGUGGGGAUGACCCUGUCCCAACUGGUCAGCCUGAACGAGAAAAACGGCGAGAUGACGACCAACGUGUUUAUGAACAUGGCCUGGACUGACUACAGACUGUCGUGGAACCCAAAGGACUACGACGACAUCGACGUGUUGAGGAUCCCGGUCAUGAAAGUGUGGCGCCCCGAUAUCUACCUCAUAAACAAUAACGAUGGACAGUUUGACGUGGCGCUCUAUGUGAACGUUCUGGUCUACAGCGACGGGACGGUCAACUGGCUUCCACCGGCUAUCUACAGAUCCUCCUGCUCCAUCGAGGUGGCAUACUUCCCGUUUGACUGGCAGAACUGCAGCAUGGUGUUCCGCUCCUACACCUACGACGCCUCAGAGGUGGAGCUACAGUACUUCCUGGAUGAGGACGGAAACGAGAUCCAGGAGAUCGUCAUCGAUGAGAAUGCUUUCACCGAGAACGGGGAGUGGAACAUCUGCCACAAACCGUCUCGUAAGAACGUGAAGGAGGAUCUGUACGAGGACAUCACCUUCUACCUCAUCAUCGAGAGGAAGCCGCUCUUCUACAUCAUCAACAUCAUCGUGCCCUGCAUCCUCACCAGCGUCCUGGCCAUCUUCGUCUUCUACCUGCCCCCCGGAGCAGGAGAGAAGAUGACCCUGUCCAUCUCGGUGCUGAUCGCUCUGACCGUCUUCAUGCUGCUGCUCGCUGACCGUGUCCCAGAAACCUCUCUGGCCAUACCCAUCAUCGUCAACUACGUCAUGUUCACCAUGAUCCUGGUCACCUUCUCUGUGAUCCUCAGUGUGGUGGUCCUCAACCUGCACCACCGCACCCCCAGCACUCACAUCAUGCCUGCCUGGGUCCGCACGGCGUUCAUCGACUUCCUGCCGAAGUACAUCGGGAUGGCGAGACCAGAGCAGGAGGAGUCUGAGGAGCAGGGGGAAGAGUCAGGAGAGGCCACGCCCAUCAGGAGCCACAAUGGCCGCUCGCCCGGAGAGUACUGCAUCAGGAAGUUGAACCCGGACCUGGUGCUGCCCUGGAGGGGAGGGUGUGAGGUCCCAGUGCAGUUGCAGAGACAUCCUGAUGGUUAUUGUCUGAUUCUUCCUCCAAACCUGAAGUCUGCGAUCGCCGCCGUCACCUACAUGUCUGAGCAGCUGCAGAAGCAGGACACAGACGACUCGAUGACGGGUGAUUGGCAGUUCAUUGCUCUGGUGGUGGAUCGACUCUUCCUCUGGCUCUUCGUCAUCAUCACUUCUCUGGGCACUCUCGCCAUGUUCCUGGACGCCAGCUUCAACUACACUCCGGACCAGGCCUUCCCAUAG